UCUAAAGUGGUGGGUUUAUAUGAAAUAGCAUCAAAGUAAGCUAUUUCUAAAUAGAUUCGAAAUGAGUAAUAAACCGAUAUUAUUUCUGAAAACCGAAGCGUCUGAUAAUAUGAGUAUUCUCAUUGAAAAGGCAAAGAAAGCCGGUUUUAAAGCUGUAAUCACGUCUCUCAUCAAUCCUGAAUGUUAUCGCGAUUAUCAAAAUGAAUUUGGUUACAAAUAUCAAAUCAAUUCCACACGGACUCCAUUGAUAUUGAAUGUGAAUGAUUGGAUUCACAAUGUUGUACCUUACAUUAAACCUAGAAAUCUAUCAGUAAAUGAAAAUGCUUAUGAGGAUAAGAAAUCUAAUUUUGUUCAAGAUAUCUGCUUUUCAAACUACGUCAAAAGUAAUGAAAGAGGAACAACUCCAAACAUGAUGAUAAAAUUAUCAAAUCAAGAUCCUGAAUCUUUAGCUGAAAGUUUAAUGAGCCAAAGGUUUAUGGAAUUUUAUGGUGGGAAGAUUUUGUUAGAACUUCCCAUGACUGAUGAGAAGAGAUGUAAUGCAACUUAUUGUUCUGACAUCGAGAAUGAAGAUGAAAAAUGGCCAGAUCAAUGGAAUGUUUGGAAUAAAUUUUAUUCCGCUACAAAUAAGGAUCCCAAUUUAGAACUGGCUUUAGAGAUCCCUUGUGAUUUACCUUCUGAAGAGGAGAUUCGACGUUGGCUGGGCGAACCGAUAGGAAUGAUUAUUGUACCCAGCAUUUGCUUUACAACAAACCAAUCCAACUAUCCUGUCCUUCCAAAAUCUCAUCAAGAAGUUAUAAUUAAACUAUUGCAAUACACUAAUUGUGCUAUUGCCAUCGAACCGAUAAGUUUAGCUGAUUUUCAGCUCAAGAUGUAUACUGACUACAUCAAUUACAUUGUUUCACAAAAAAUCAUCAUUAGCGAACACACGGGACUCGAAGAUCAACUGAGAUAUCCCUUGCAACCACUUUACGAUAAUCUUGACACUCAUACUUACGAGACAUUUGAGAAGGAUCCAAUAAAAUAUAAACUUUAUCAGCAAGCUAUCGAAGAAGCGAUUGUUGAUAAGAUUUCCGGAAGCGAAGUAGAUAAGAAAUAUUUAAUCGUAAUUGUUCUUGGUGCUGGUCGUGGUCCUUUGGUUCGAGCUGUUGUUAAUGCUGGGAAAAACAAGCAACGCAAAUUGAAAAUUUUAGUAGUUGAGAAGAAUCCGAAUGCUAUUUGUAUACUUCGUCCAAUGCUUGAGAAGAUGUGGCCUAAUGAGGACAUUAAAUUAUUAUCACAAGAUAUGCGAACUGUUGAACUAGAUGAAAAGGCAGAUAUCAUCGUUUCCGAACUUUUAGGGUCGUUUGGAGACAACGAACUAAGUCCUGAGUGCUUGGAUGGUGCUCAGAAAUUGCUUAAGUCAGAUGGAAUUAGUAUUCCGAAAGAUUCGACUUCAUACAUUCGUCCAGUUAUGAGUGCAAGACUCACUUCUUCAGUUCGCGAAAUGAAUAACAGAAAAAGAAAUCCAUACAAAGAAGCUUCAGAAGUGACUUGGCUCACCAUGCAUUCGUCUGUCUACUACAUUGAUGAGCCAAAAGAAGCUUUUAAAUUUAUUCACCCAAACAAAUGUGAAUUGAUUGAUAACUCUCGCUAUAUUUCUGCAAGUUUUGAAGCUAAUCUUGAUUGUAUUGUCGAUGGAUUUUCGGGAUAUUUCACAUCGUCAUUGUAUAACUCGAUUGAGAUUAGCAUUUUACCUGAAACUCAUAUACAAGGAAUGGCCUCAUGGUAUCCAAUGUUCUUUCCUUUCUCGUCUCCUCUUUCGGUUAAGAAAGGUGGAGAAUUUCUCAUCGAGCUUUGGAGAAAAGUUGAUAAUGUGAAAGUUUGAACUAAUGUUGUUAUGAAUUAUACUGAAAUCGAAGGAAAGGUGCGUGAAGCAACAAACGAUGACCCAUGGGGACCAACUGGUCCACUUAUGCAAGAAUUAGCUCACGCAACUUUCACAUACGAACAUUUCCCCGAAGUAAUGUCAAUGCUUUGGAGAAGAAUGUUGCAAGACAAUAAAUCAAAUUGGAGAAGGACAUAUAAGGCGACUCUUGUGUUGAGUUAUCUUGUGAAGAAUGGUAGUGAACGUGUUGUGACAAGUGCACGUGAACAUAUUUACGAUCUUCGUGCACUUGAGAACUACACAUUUGUAGAUGAAAAUGGAAAGGAUCAGGGAAUAAAUGUUCGACAUAAAGUACGCGAUUUAAUAGAAUUUAUUCAGGAUGACGAUCGAUUGCGAGAAGAGAGAAAAAAGGCAAAGAAAAAUAAGGAUAAGUACAUAGGAAUGAGCUCCGAAGCAAUGGGAAUGGGAAUGGGUAUGAGAUCAGGUCUUGAUGAGAUGCGCCAUCGUGAAAGAUUUCAAUCUUCUCGUACCGAAGGUGGAUAUUCUGAUAAUGCAGAAUACGAUUAUCAUUAUGGUGAAGAGAAAGAAGAUUCAGAUACUGAGUCAGGUGGUGGCGGAAAUCGCAAUGCAAAACGAUAUCACGACGAUGAGCGAUCUGGAAGUCCCAAUGUCGUCACAUCCGCACCCACAUUCAAAAAUGACGAUAACAAAAAAACAAUCAACAUAAAAACAAAUGUCAAACCGAUAACAGCCGCAACAUCAACGUCAACAUCAUCAAGAGCUCCAAAAAAAAUCGACAUGGGAGCUGCUUUUAAUUAUGGAAAGACGAAUGAUUUAGGCAUAAAUUCUCCAACCCAUCGCAAUACACAUAGUGAAGAUUUAUUCGGAAGUGAAACAACUUCGAGUGUUCCAAGUGGAGGCAAAACAAAUAAUGAUAUUAUCGAAGACAUAUUCAGCUCAUCAGCAGCAGCUGCGACGACUUCUUCCUCGGAUCCAAUCGAUGAUUUUGAUCCACGUGCUGGGGAAGCAAAUGCGGAGUUUGGGGAUUUUGUUGCUUCUGAAUUAUUUGCUGAUUUCUCAUCAGCCUUUUCUAAAUCAACAUCUUCGUUACCUCCUGUUGAUAACUUUUUAAUAAAUCAUCCACCAACAGCAUCAAAUCAGCAAUUAUCAAAUAUUAAUUUGGGAAGUUCAGAUUUGUUUGGUAACAGUGUCAUCACUAACGCACUUACUAGUCCUGUAGUCAAUGUCAACAAAGAUCUUUUGAGUGAUUUCGGUGAUUUGACGCUUAACACAACAUCUAAAAGCAUUGUGUCUACUUCCUUUUCAGCAACAUCAUCAAACAUUAUGAAGACUAACAAAAACAUUUUGGAGCUCAUUAAAUUGUUUGAAAACUGUUGUAAAAUUGGAACAACACAACAACGCGAAAUGUUUUUAAAGAAAGUGAAUAACCUUGUAGAUUUGCUGCCUUGUGGAUGUUUUAACAUUUGUGAAUUGAUGGAGUGUCAUUGCAGUGAAUUAGAAGAUUUUGCAAGCGUUUAUUAUCCAAAUUUGCUAAUGGAAUUGGUGACGAAGUUUGGAUAUUCGCAAAGCUUUGAUGAUGACAUACCAGAAGGGAUUAUAAAACUUAUAAAAAUUACUGAUAAUCAAAACUUCAUUCUUGAAACCUUCAACGUUUUAAUCGACCGACAACUUCUCUUCAAGUGUCCAGAGAUGACCACACAACUUGUAGAGCAACUUCUCUUGGAUGAUAAUUUUCUCGCCUUUGCAUUUGUUCGGUUGUCACAUCAUGAGAUGAUCAACGAUAAUCAUCGAUGCGAUCAUUUUCUUACACAACUCGUGAACAUUCCUGAACAGAUCGCAAAUAAAUGGAAAAAGAAUUUUCCACAAACUUUUGAACUGAACAGUUUCUGUGCAAUUCUUCUCGUCAAUGCAAUGAAGUCGUUUUGCAUCAUUUCUAAAAUCAACCAUGCUGAAAACUUGGAUGUUUACACAACAGAUUUCUUAUCAAAGUUGAUAAGCAGAGUUUAUGUGAAUUUUAACAAUCAAAAAACUGUUUUGAGUUUAGCAACAAAACUUUUGGGAGUGUUUAGUGAACAGCAAAUUUAUCGCAAAAAUAUUCGCAAACUUUAUGAAAAACUUCAUCGACCAGCAAUUGAAAUUAUCAUAAAUCAUGCAUUUACAUACGAAAAUAAAAAACAACGACUAAUUUGGUCAUUUGAUGAAAUCAUUGAAAUUAUAAAAGUUCUUCCCGAUAGAAUUGAGAAGUUAGAAAAUUUGAAGUCUUCAGAGAACGAAACUGAAAACUUGAAAGAUAUUCUCGAUCAAAUUUAUUCAGUCAUUGGAAAUCGAGAUUCAGCAAUCAAAAAGCAUCCAGAAGAUAAGCAAAACGAACCAAAAAGUGAAACUAAUGAAUGUUCACUUUCACUUCAAGAACCUAUCGAAAAACCGGGAGAUAUUCAAACUAUUCUUGACUCUGAUGAUGAUGACGAUAAUUAUUUUGAGUCAUACAAUGAAUCUUAUAAUCUACCAAGCAACAUUGAUAAAAAUCCGAGAUAUUUAUUGGAUCUCAUUCAAGCAUUCACAACAAAGGAAAAUCUUGAAGACAGUGAAAAGUUUGAAUUCGCAAUGAAUGAAGCUGAACGUAUUGUAAAACAUCAACUUUCACGUCAUCAUUCCGAUAUUGCAAUUGAUUUAUUAAGAAUAUUCAUAAGUUUAGAUAAAGUUAGUUGCAUGGAAAAUUUCGAUGAACUAAAGAUGAAAAUUUUAAUUGCAGUUUGUUCAGUUUAUCCGAAAGAAUGUGCUUUAUACCUUUGUGAACAAUUUAAUGAAGAAACGACAAAAUAUUCAAUUAAUAAGCGAAUGAUUAUGCUGGAAAUUCUCGCUGAGACUGCUAAGCAACUGUCAAACCUUCACAAUGAAAAUAAAAGUAACAACGAAACGACGAAACCAAAAUUUGUUACUACAAAAAAUAAAUUAUUCAUCAAGUUAGAUAAAGAGAUUGACAAAUGGAGACGUAAAGAUCAUCGAAAUAUAAUUCGUGAACGUCUGCUGAUAAAAUCAAGAAGGUUUGCAACACAAACUAAACAUCCAGAAAAUAAUUCGGGAACGAAUCGUUUUUCUGACAUUGCUGGUUGGUUUUUCUUUCCUUUGAUGUUUGGAUUUGGAAGGAAACAAAUGACUUUUAAAAUUGGAACAAGUCUUGGAAACGACACGGAAAAUUUACUUCUCAUGAAAUUUCUUGACACGAUUGCUGUGUUUAUGCUUUGUGCUGAAAACUCUCCAAAUGCUCCAAAGAUUGCGAAGGAAAUUAUUCAAUUAAGCGUUUUUUUGCGUUACCACGAAGAAUCAAGAAUUCGUCUCUCAGUCUUUCAUUUGAUGGCGACAGUUUUUCUUGCUCUUCCACAAACUAUUCUGAUCAAUGAAUUUACUCAGGAAAUUGAAGAAUUUUGCAACCAUUUAUCGAAGAUAGUCAGAAGUCCUUUUGUUAGCUAUGAACCUGAUGAAGAAUGCAGAAAAUUUGCAGCUCAACUUCUUGGAAUGUUUCAAGUUUUGUUUUGA